AAAAUUAACAAGCUAACCAACCAACGAACCAACUAACAAACGAAGCGAAUAUAUGAACAAGUAACUAAGGCAUGUAAGUGUGUAAGUACAUGAGCCUGUGAGUGCAUGAGAAAAAAAGUUAAUGUAAACGCGAGUGUGUGAGAUUGCUGAAGAAAGAAUAAGCAAGGUGUGUGAUAAAGCAAGCAAGGAAGCAAUUGAGUUAGUAGACAACUUGAGUUGCUUUCAUUACAUGUCACUGUUCGGUCCCACUUUGUUCUACAAGCGAACACAUUUUGCACAUGGCCACUUUGCUAGGGUGUCGUGGAGCAGCGCCCCGUUUUGGUCUCCUUUUGGGCUCUUGGGCUGUUGAUUGCUGCCUUCGCUGGAGGUUUGCCGGUAGACCCUGUAUCACAAGAAGCGUACACCACGAUGCUGCAACAGGCAGAAGUCAUCGACAGUCGAGAGUUGGGUCAGCAAGCCGAAGUAGAGCUUGAGAAGGCUGAAUCUGCGUAUUAUUCAAAGAGCGGCCUUUUCAGCUGUGACGAUGCUUGCCAGAAAGCCUAUGACAAGGUGCAGAUGGCCAGAGCCGAAGUAAGACGAGUGCAAGACCACAGAGAUCGUGUGCUUUCAGAGGGUCGGCACGAAGUGGGCAUUUGGUCAUCCUAUGGUGUGCAGGAUGUUCGCAAUAGCUUUUGGAAAGCAUGGCAGUCUGGUAAGGAUUUCGCCUCUAGAUUGACCUUCUACAAUGUUCUGUUCUCCGUUGGAGCUCGUGACGAGUCUUUGUACAUCAUGAUUUUCCGUGUCAUCAUGCAGUAUGUGGUUAAUCUGACCAUGGGCCUGAUUGGUGCCUUUGGCUUCUUCUUGUACAAUAUGUACUACUUGAUACUGUCCUACGGUGCAUCUUUCUUCUCCGGCUUGGCUUUUUUCUUGCUAGCCACAGUGGCGGGAUUGUCUUUGCUUAGCACAUAUUUGUGUAGCUUGUACGCAGUCGUCGCAGGAGGUGGGGCAAUGAUUGUCCAGCAAGCAGCAAGGCAUGCUGCGCUGGAGAUGAGCAAACAGGCUCCUCUCCAAGAGCUUGACGCGAAACCAGCCAAAAAGGCACCGCCAGGAGCUACUCAGAGGCGUUGUCCAGUUUAGGGCUUGUGGCUCAGCCACAGAAUAGCUUUGCUGCUGCACACGACUAGCGGCAUUUGGAGACAGAGCUGCCAGACACAAAAAGAACCUGCCAACAAGGAUGGACGGUCCCAACGUCCAAAGUUGUUAUUUGAUUUGUUUCUGCUUCUUGACCUGCAGAGCUACAUAUUUGAAUGCAUUGCCAC